AUGGAGGAAACUGAACCUAUUCACACGCCUGGUCUUGAGCCUUCGAGCAUGCAAUCACAUUCUCCUCCCGAAUCACCACCACACAACCCAACCUGGGGCGAGAAAGAGGCGAAAGAUGCGAAACUGCCCGUUGGACAGUUGAACGAUCCGGAAGUGAAUACAUUGCCCGAACGGGUGGAAGAAGCGCAGAGGGAGAACGGUACAGAAGCUAAUGAGGCUAAGAGGAAAAGGAUAGUUGUUGUGGGAUUGGGCAUGGUGGGCAUUGCAUUUAUCGAGAAACUACUCAAAUACGACGUCAAGCGAAGAGAGUACGAUGUCGUGGUGAUUGGCGAGGAGCCACACCUCGCCUACAACCGUGUGGGCUUGACCAGCUUCUUCCAGCACCGCGAGGUCGAGAACUUGUAUCUUAACCCGAAAGACUGGUACUCUUCGAUGCCCGAAGGUUCACUCAGUUACCACCUCAACACACUCGUUACCGAAAUCGACUCGGAAAGGAAGGAAGUCAAGACAUCAAGCGGUGAAGCUGUACCAUAUGACGUCCUCGUUCUUGCGACCGGCUCCGAUGCGCUACUUCCUAAGCACACACCUGGGCACGAUGCAAAAGGCGUUUUCGUAUACCGAACGAUCGAUGACCUUCAGCGGCUCAUUGAAUUCGCUGCGACGCGCAAGGGCACCACUGGUAUCACAGUAGGAGGCGGUUUGCUUGGCUUGGAAGCCGCAAAAGCGAUGAUGGACCUCGAAGAUUUUGGCAAAGUAAAACUCAUCGAGAGGAAUCGGUGGGUAUUGAGCAGGCAGUUGGAUGCUGAUGCAGGAGGCAUGGUUGUCGAGCAAGUCAGAGCAUUGGGCCUAGAUGUCAUGCUCUCUAAGCGAGUGGGUAAGAUCGAAGUCGAUGAGGAGGGCUUUGUGAAAGGCGUUGUAUUCGAGGAUGGAGAGCACAUGGAAUGCACCACUAUCUGCUUUGCUAUUGGCAUUCGAGCACGCGACGAGCUUGCCCGAAAGACGGGGAUCAAGUGCGCUGAUCGCGGCGGUGGGAUCGUAGUCGCACCCGAUCUAUCGACCUCUACCAAGCACAUUUACGCAAUUGGCGAAUGCGCAAGCUGGGAAAACCAGACCUUCGGUCUGAUCGCUCCGGGCGUCGAAAUGGCAGAUGUCCUUGCAUUCAACCUUACACAAGCCAAAGCACACACACCUCGCAAAUUCAAGCGACCAGACCUGAGCACGAAACUGAAGUUACUGGGUGUGGAAGUAGCCAGCUUCGGCGACUUCUUCGCUGAUCGCGACGGACCCAAGGACAUGCCCGGGAGACGAACAGCGAAGAAAGACGGUGAGAGCGGACCAAGAGAUAAGGUCAAGAGUUUGACUGAUGGACCAGCUCCUCCUCCUGUCAAAGCCCUCACCUACAAGGAUCCUUUCCAACAGGUGUACAAGAAAUAUCUCUUUACGAUGGAUGGGAAGUACCUACUAGGUGGCAUGAUGAUUGGCGACACGAAGGACUAUGUGAAGCUAGUUCCGAUGGUCAAGAAUCAGAAGCAGCUGGAGAUGCCGCCAAGCGAGCUCAUCGUCGGCGCGCAAAAGGGCGAUGAUGAUGGUGCUGACCUCGACGACGACACGCAGAUCUGCUCAUGUCACAACGUUACCAAAGGCGAUGUGGUGAAGGGUGUCAAAGACGGCUCCUGCAAAUCAAUUGGCGACGUAAAGUCGUGUACGAAGGCCGGAACCGGUUGUGGAGGCUGCAUGCCUCUCGUCCAAACUAUCUUCAACAAAACCAUGGCUUCAAUGGGCCAGGAAGUCAAGAACCAUCUUUGCCCACAUUUCGAGUACUCACGCGCCGACCUCUUCAACAUCAUCUACGUCAAGAAGCUCACCGGGUUCGCUGACGUGAUGAAGGAGUGCGGGAAGGAGCCCGAGUCGACAGGCUGCGAGGGCUGCAAACCAGCGAUCGGCUCCAUCAUAUCGAGCUUGUUUAACAAGCACUUGUUGGACGACUCCAGACGAGGACUGCAAGACACCAACGAUCGUUUCCUGGCGAACAUUCAGCGCAACGGAACGUUCAGUGUUAUACCCCGUGUGGCGGGCGGUGAAAUCACCCCCGAGAAACUCAUCAUUAUCGGAACUGUCGCCAAGAAGUACAAUUUGUACACCAAGAUCACUGGUGGACAACGCAUCGAUAUGUUCGGUGCUAAGAAGCAGGAUCUUCUAGCCAUCUGGCAGGAACUGGUAGAUGGCGGUAUGGAGUCUGGUCACGCUUACGCGAAGUCGCUCCGAACAGUAAAGUCUUGCGUAGGAACGACGUGGUGUCGUUUCGGUGUUGGCGAUAGUGUAGGCAUGGCAGUACGUUUGGAGGAACGUUACAAGUCCAUCCGAGCACCCCACAAGUUCAAGGGCGGUGUUUCGGGUUGUGUACGCGAGUGCGCCGAGGCACAGAACAAGGACUUCGGUCUUAUCGCGACCGAAAAGGGGUUCAACAUCUUUGUUGGUGGAAACGGAGGUGCGAAACCCAGGCAUUCGGAACUUCUUGCCAAAGACGUUCCGCCUGACGAUAUCGUCCCGAUUCUCGAUCGUUAUAUUUCCUUCUAUAUCAGGACGGCUGAUAAGCUGCAGCGAACAGCGAGAUGGGUGGAAAACCUACCUGGUGGCAUCAAAUACCUUCAAGAGGUUAUCUUGGAGGACAAGCUCGGUAUUUGUGCGGACCUCGAGAAGCAAAUGCAGGAUCUUGUCGGAUCGUACUUCUGUGAGUGGACAGAAGUCCUGAAGAGCCCCGAGAGAAGGGCUUUGUUCAACCAAUUCGCCAACACAUCAGAAAAUAUCGAGCCGUCGAUUGAGCCGACGAAAGAACGUGGCCAAGAACGUCCGAGCUACUGGCCAUCGGAAUCAGUGAAGGAAGACUUCAAAAACCAUCAGUGGGGUGACCUUAGCUGGCAACCCCUGGUCAAGGCGGAAGAAUUCCGAGACCUUCCCACUGGCGAUUCUAAAGCCGUCAAGCGCGGCGACACACAACUUGCCGUCUUCAAGGUACGCGGCAAGUACUACUGCACGCAGCAGAUGUGCCCGCACAAACGUGCUUUCGUCCUUAGCGACGGCCUCAUUGGCGACGACAUCAAAAACAACAAGCUCUGGGUGUCCUGCCCAUACCACAAGCGCAACUACGAGCUCUCUGGUCCCGAAGCUGGUCGGUGCGCAAACGACGAGCAGGUCAACAUAGCCACCUUCCCAGUCGAGGAGCGCGAGGACGGCUUUGUGUAUGUGAAGCUGCCGAGCGUGGAGGAGCUGGAUAGUGUGCUAGGAACAAGCAAGUUUAAGAUCAAGAAAGAGGAGACAAGCGAUCCGUUCGAGAGUCUCGACAAGAAGUUGAAGGCCUCGCAGAAGGGAAGGAAGGGCUUCGCUGUCAGCCACCUGAAGGAUGGUAUCGGCGAGAAAGCAAAAGCUGGCAUGAUACUUGCCGGCGGAGAACGGGGCGCUGGAGGUCUAGAAUGGUGA